AGAAUCACGUGACAUUAUUUUUCUCCUCACUUCCGCAAAUAAACGCACUUGAGCGCGGCGGCUACGGCAGAAAGUGAAAACGGACUGUUGUCGGCCGUUAUGUGCCAUGGUGAGGCGGCCAGGAGCAACCGCCAACGGCCGUAGAAGCAGACCUGCCUAACGGUGACUGCAGCGCUGGCAGCCUUGCCUCUUCAGACCUUCCCCCUCUCCCUGUCCCGUGUCCUACCUGUGGAUUGAAGUUCAUCCUUCUAGCCUGCCGCCCUUGCCACAGACUGUGAGGACACCAUGGUGGAUGUAACCAAGUGGCCCAUUUUCAGCCUGAUGGGUCCUCAGGAGCUCGCUUCCAUACGGAAAGCAUGCGUGUUUGGAUCAUCUGCUAAUGAGGCCAUCUACAUUACCAAUGAUGAUGAGGUGUUUGUGUUUGGGCUGAACUGCAGCAACUGCCUGGGAACAGGGGACAGCCUGAGCACAAUUGUACCCAAAAAAUUGGACUUCCUGAGCGGCAGAAAGGUUGUUAGCCUGAGUUACGGUAGUGGACCCCACAUCCUGCUGGCCACAGAGGAUGGAGAGCUAUUUGCCUGGGGCCAUAAUGGCUACAGCCAGCUGGGAAAUGGGACAACCAACCAAGGAGUAGCUCCAGUGCUCGUGUCUGCCAACCUGCUCAAUAAGAAGGUCACAGAGGUGGCCUGUGGCUCUCACCACUCAAUGGCUCUGACUGAUACAGGAGAAGUGUAUGCAUGGGGUUACAAUAACUGUGGUCAAGUGGGCUCAGGCUCCACAGCGAACCAGCCCACACCCCGCAGAGUGUCCAGCUGCCUGCAGAACAAGGUGGCUGUGAGUAUCGUCUGUGGUCAGACCUCAUCCCUGGCAGUAGUGGACAAUGGAGAGGUGUACGGCUGGGGCUACAACGGCAACGGACAACUUGGACUUGGAAACAAUGGGAACCAGGUCACCCCCUGUCGACUUGUUGGUCUGCAGGGUUUAUGUGUGCAACAGAUCGUGUCAGGAUAUGCACACUCCAUGGCACUAACGGAUGAAGGGUUGCUUUACGCUUGGGGUGCCAACACAUAUGGACAACUGGGCACUGGCAACAAGAGCAACCAGCUGAGCCCAGUUCAGAUUCUGACUGAGAAAGAGAGAAUUGUAGAGAUUGCUGCCUGUCACUCCACACACACGUCAGCUGCUAAAACCCAGAGCGGUCAGGUGUACAUGUGGGGCCAGUGCAGGGGCCAGUCCAUAGUGCUCCCUCACCUGACACACUUUGCCUGUACCGAUGAUGUCUUUGCCUGCUUUGCCACCCCCUCAGUAAUGUGGAGGCUUCUCUCAGUGGAGCUCGAGUGUUGUGGGAUCUGUAUGUGUGCCGUUUUUUUCCCCCCUCCAGAACAUGAUGAUUUCUUGACUGUGGCUCAGUCUCUGAAAAAGGAGUUUGACAACCCAGAGACAGCGGACCUCAAGUUCUGUGUUGAUGGAAAAUACAUCUAUGUCCACAAAGCAGUUCUCAAGAUCAGAUGUGAACAUUUCAGAUCAAUGUUCCAGUCUCACUGGAACGAAGACAUCAAGGAGGUGAUUGAAAUAGACCAGUUCUCGUACCCUGUGUACCGUUCGUUUCUGGAGUUCCUCUACACAGACAAUGUGGAGUUGCCUCCCGAGGACGCUAUUGGGCUGCUGGAUCUGGCCACCUCGUAUUGUGAGAACCGCCUAAAACGUCUGUGUCAGCACAUUAUCAAGAGGGGAAUCACCGUCGAAAAUGCUUUUUCUCUGCUGUCUGCCGCUGUGCGCUAUGAUGCAGAGGACCUUGAAGAAUUCUGCUUCAAAUUCUGCGUUAAUCACCUGACUGAGGUGACUCAGACUGCUGCUUUCUGGCAAAUUGACGGUAAUCUGCUCAAAGAUUUCAUUUGUCGAGCCAGUCGCUGCGGAGCCUUCAAAAAUUGACCACGUCUCAAGGUGCUGAUUUGGGCUGAUGCAAAACACACGGCUGGACUCCAGGAAGGAUUUUGCCUAAUACAUCGUUACCAUCAGAUGGACAUUUGCACAUAAUUUCAGUAGAAAUCUUUAGAUUUACCAUCACUGUCAGAUUUGUGGUUCAUCUUCUUUCAGAUGACUGAAAUGACUAAAAUCAGAGCUGUAAGGUUGCAGCAUUGUUCCAUAAUGGUGUUACAGUAGCUGUUUCCAACAGUGCCUGACUUUUAAUUUACACAUUGUGUAAAGUAGGAGCUCAGAUUAAUUGAGAGACAUGCCAGUGCUUGAAGUUAUUUGUUUUUAACAAAAACUAUUCUUGCCAGUUGCCUGUCAUGGCUUUACUAUUUCUAGUAUUCUGUUUAAGUGACCAAGUUACUUGUAGGUUUUGCAUGUGUACUUUCAGGAUGAGUUUACUUCUCUUUACUAUAAGAGGUCAUCAUAGUUUGGAUGUCAUUUAGAUUGAAUGGUUUUCAGUUUGAAAUAUGAGAAUCUAAACUAAUUUUUUUUUAAUCCUUACAGUAUUUAAAGACAGGACACUGAGCCUUAAGCCUCAAAGGCUUGAUUAGAUCUGUGUAGGUCAACUUCAAGGCAGUAAAAAGGCUUCCACAGUUUUCUGUUUAGAUUGGAAGAUGGGAAUUUGGGUUUAAUCUUUACAAUUUUUUGCAUUUCAUUCUUGAUGAUCAGAUUCCAUAUGUUAGAUUGAGUUAUUAUAAGCAGCUAAAGCACCAUAAUGUAUAUUUACAGGCAGUUAAACAUGCCUGGUUGUCAGUUCACACAAACCAGAAACAUAUGAAUCCAGUUUAAGGCAUGUGACAUUUAUUAGAUUUCAAUCUGUAUUAUGAAAAGAUAAUUUUACAGUAUAAGCAUUUAUAAAGUGGUUUUUGUAACUUCUGCACUACUGCUGUGAAUAUUUUUGAAAGAUAUUUGAAACUGAGGGUCAUGAAGUGCCAGUUAAAUUAUCUAACCUAUGCAAAUAAAUAAAAACACCUUGAUCUUUUUGUUA